GACAACAUUUGCCAGUCUGUAUCGGUCACGACUCCUGGCUUUCAUAUGUGCCAUAGCCUAAUUGUGUACGAUACAUGUGCAUGCUGUCUGCCACAUUAGUGUAGAUCGCUCUAUGCUUCCGUGAUGGCCGGUCCAUUCCAGAAUCCACAGCUGCCGAGCCUGCAGGAACCGGUCAUCGCUCGUUCAGCAAGUCCGCUGUCGCCCAGUCCUAUCGCCGGUCAGCCUAUCUCCUUCAAGACGAAUGUCAAUCGAGCCAAGUCGAAGCGCUGGGUAGAAGCCAAGUCCUAUUCGUAUGAUGGCGACGACUGGGGUUCCGAUGAUGAGUAUGAUGAUGAAGAAGAAGAGCCCCCGGUCCCUCCGCUACCGAGUCAAAGGGACCGUUCGCGGAGUUCCACUAGGGACCCGGGGUCUUCUGCUCCGUCCGAUGUGCCUGGGCUAGGUCAGGAGCGUACGAGAUCCCCGAAUCUCGAUGACAAGUCACGUUCUCUUGCUCCGGACAAUGCAGCUUCCACUAUAAAUCCGAACCCCUCGCAGUUACAACAGCAGGUGCAAUCUUCCGAGCAGUCCGAAUCCCAGAGUGCAAACCCCUCACAGUCAGCAAUACCUGUUGCUGCUACCGAUGCUAAUUCUUCCAAGCCUCUUCCCUUUAUCCGUCCUGCAGACAUAUACAAGCAGAUGCAGGAAGCGAAGGAGAGAGAAGCGCAGUCCGAAGGGUCUACUAAGCCUAGCGUGGACUCUGCAGAUGUGGAGCGCUCAACUGGCGACUCUACGCUUGAUUCCGCGCAUGAGCAAAAUUCUGAAUCUGUCCCGUCGGCACCAUCUGUGAAGUCCCAAGAAGCUCCAGUUGUUUCGUUGCCGGAAGUCAAACGGAUGUCUAGCUACGGCAAUAACUUCGUCAGCAUGUCGAAUCCUGACAAAUCGGGCGAGCCAGAUGCUCAAAACCAACCCGAUACCCAAGAGCAUUCUCUACACCAUAACUCUUCAAUGGGAUUCCGUUCAGCUGUGAACCAGGCUUUCGACGCCCCGCCGACUCCAAGCUCAACGGUUGGUAGCGUUGUAAGGUCAGGAAGUGAGAGCACAUCAGUUAUCAGUCCCAUCUUGGGUACUCGUGGUUUGGAGGGCGAGAAGACACCGACUAUCACGGAGGAACCAGGAGAGUCUUCUGAUGGGAGGCGAACUCCUACGUUUCAACCUGGACAUCGUCGUGACAUCAGCACCCCGACUCCCGACAAUAGUCCUGCCAGGAGACCAAUCGUCUCGGACAAUUCGACAGCAGCUGAAGCUGGUGAGGUAGCUUCAACAGCUCCUACAGACUCACCUAACCAUGAAGAGGGCCACCCAGAUGCAUCCCCAGGUGGGGCACAAAGGGAUGGAGCUCUGGACUAUUCAUUGGCUACAAGUAUUGCUCAGGGUCUCAGGCACAAUGCAUCCUUGUCAACUGUCGAUAGUCCUGCCUCUGCCAUACGAAAAGACGAAGACAGUGGCUAUCAGCUGGGGGAACAGGCACAUUACUAUAAGGAACCUACGCCACUUAGAAUCCGCAGUGGCCAGUACUUCACUCAGGAUGGCGCAACUGUUCCUCCACAAGUUCCUCCAUCAAUGAGCACUGAGACCUCGCCUCAGGACACUGAAAGUGAUCGCUUGAGGAAAGAGAUCAUGCGGAGACUAAGCCCUGAGGGCUCGCCAGCACCCGAGCCUCGGCCGGAGCCACAGCGAGAGGGUACUCAGAGUAGCCUGAUCCCGAGUGAAUAUGAGAGUUACUGGAACGACCACCCGACUGCGUCGCCAAUUUCUCCAGGUGGCACUCGGCAGCAGGAGGGGGCUCCAACCUCCGAGGAUACAGCCGCUGCUCCGAGUGCGCGACCUAAAUUGAAGAAACGAUUCUCUUGGGAGUCAUCCUCCUCCGAAGAGGCUGGACUUCCAGUCGCUCCUCAGACCACGGCCCGCGGACCCGACCUUGCACGAUCUGAGCAAUUAGCCUGGAGCGAGUCGAACGCUGCCAAAGACGCUGUUGAACAUGAUGGGGAACUCCCACUGACCGAUAUGCGGUCUGUAGACCCUCGGCCUAUAAGUCCAUCUAGUCUCCCAAGCGCAAGAGAAGACCAGCAGGUGGACCCAGAAGCACAGCAAGAUGCGCCUGGCGAGAUCCCAUCUGGUGUACAGCCUUCCCAGGGACUGCAGGAGCCGCCGACUACGCUGAAGCUAGUGUCAAUUGAUGAGUCCAAACUACUGGGUUUUCGUGACAUACUCGGCGUUCAGUCCGCCCCCGAGCGGGUACGCCUCUUUGAGAAGACUCGACAUCAAUUCGCUUCCCUAGAUUCCGGUCUGGAUAAUUGGAUCCGUCGAACUGCGGAUACCCUGCCCGAACAUUCAGACUUGGUCAAUCGAAAUGGAAAUUUUCCAUCAGACUUUCAGCGGCCGUCUCCAUCAAGAACCAAAUUUUCGAAAUUGCCUUCUCUUGGAGCUCUCUCGUCGCAUCUGGAUGCCUCCCAACAAUCUGGAGCUACUGCUCAUAACAGGCGCCCCUCUGGUGCGCCUCUCGGCAAUAUGAUCAAACGACAGCAUAUGGAGCAACGAGGGAAAGAAUUUCUGCAUAGCGCCGGGGCCAUUGGCGGUAAGGCUGGUGGUGCAGCAAAGGGGCUUCUUGCUAAGGGCAAAAGUAAAUUUCUGGGUGGCGCAGCCGACAAGGGUUCUCAGUCUUCGUCGUCGUUUACUCAUCGCAGAAGUCUACAGCUUCCACAUAUGACAUUUGCACCUGCUAGUGACUCGGCUGCCUCCCAUGAUCGCUCCUCGCAGCGCGAUUCAGUAGCACAGGGCACUAUUCCGCGUCUUCCUUCAUUUAGAUUCCAGGAGAACCAAUUCUCCCUCGUUGCUGAGGACGUUGUGAACAGAGGCUCGCCCUCUGAGAUACGCCGGGGUCCAGAUAGAAGCAUGAGAUCUCUGUCACUCGACGCUACGGGCAGCCUAUGGGGCAGGCAACCUCGUCCAACAGAUUCUGCGGCCAGCAGAAGGUCGGUCGACAACUUAGUCAGUACUAGGGAGAACCGCAUGGAUGCCAAUGGAGGAAGCCACAUCACAACUCCGGGUCUCCAGCAGUAUGAAAGCGAUACCGAAGAAUCACGGCCUGAAUAUGUUACUUUCUCUGGUGAAGAUGAAUCCCCCAUAGCUCUUUGGACUGCUGCGCUGGAAAAUCUGCACGAAUCUGGCUCUAUUUUACCGCCAGAGUCUCAGCUAGAUGAUAGCUCAGAGAAUGGGCUUGGGCCAACGGACUCUCAAGCCCUUUCUCCUUAUUCUUCGCCGGCCGGUGAUAACUUUAAUGUAGAUCCUGACGUUAGGCUGCCAGACGGAGAAAAUGAGAAUCCAGCAUCCGUGGGAGACGCUGGCAAUGCUGAUGAUUCGUCUCAGGAGAACUUCGAAGGGGAUAUCGGCGACUCAGCUGAGAAAGACGAGGCCACGCCUCCUGAAUACUCUUCCAGAGUGGAAGCGGCAGAUCGCGACGUACCCAAUGAGCCCCCUCCUGCUUUCCCUGGGACUGGUUCUGAAACCCCUCGUCCAAGACCUAUCUAUCGUAUGGUUACAGAACACGAGUGGGGCUCAGUGGCAGGCCGCGAAGACAUUCUUCGUUUCCGAUCUCAUGCUCGGUCGGCAGAUGAUUUGCUUCAGCAUAUCGCUCUCAACCAGCCUCAUUCUCAGAGGCCAUCUAUCGUCUCUCCAGAUACCGCCGGCGACUUGCCGAAUUACCAACAGCAACAGCAACACUACCCGCCGCGUGCCCGGGAGGCUUAUAGAUCUCGCUCUCUCGACUUCAAUUCUCUGCUGGCAACUGAUCGACUAUUCACUGCGUCUUCUGUGAAUACCGGUUCUCCUCGAUUCGCGCCCAGAUAUGAGCCCGCUCUGAACCAGAACGACAUGCCCGAGAUGCAGCCAGAGAUUCCAUCUGCGAACCACCGCUCGAGCCCUGUUAGUAGCGGAGUAGGACGCCUACCGGAACAGCGACGACAGUCGGGUGACAUAAAUCUACAUGCUCCCCCUACUAGACACAGCUUUCUUAGCUCUACUAGAAACAGCAUAUUCAGCGCACUCAGCAAGCAGGAUUCCGAAAGCCUAAGAAGCCGAAACAGUAUUUCAGGAAAUGCAGCUAUGUCCCGUGCGGAUCUAUCAGGGCAGCAAACUCCUGUCAGCUUUGGACCAGAACCAAAAGCCGACAAGGGUCAAUCAACCAAGGCUAAGAUAAAGAAACUUGCCAAACUUCAUCGGUUGUCCUUGCCGGUAACGGAUACGAAACCCCCAGAAGGAGCUAAGAAAGGAACUCUUGCUAGGAUCAGUGGCUUUUUUGGUCGUUCAUCCUCCCCGGCUCAGCAAGAUGUGGACGAGCGCAAGAGAAAUGGACGUCGAAAAUCGCGUGAACUGUUAAACACUAGAAAUCCAACUACUCUGCAUCCACCUGAACAAGGCUCCCCACUAUGCAAUGCAUAUCAUAUCUCAAACGGUUCACGGCAAUCCAUGGGCCAACCCACUAUAACUAGUGGUCAGGAGCCCGCAGGAUUCCUAGGGGGUCACCGACUGGCAAAGCAACGUACUUCAGAGCAUAAUAUACUCGCAGGACAAUAUUAUGCUCAGAAUAAACCUCAUACGCCUUCCCAAUCUCCACAUCUCUACCACCCUCGACCUCAACACCAACAGUUCGCUUCAACAAGCUCAACAAAUAUCUCUGCACAAUCUCCGCCCCUUCGGAAUACGUUUUCGCCUUCGUAUCAAAUGAGAGAUGCUACGGGAGAAGAGCGUGCUUGGUCUUAUACUGACGAGUUACGCAUACGUUCGAGGAGUCCAAUAUCCUAUUCACCACAACCUGACACCAGUACGAUACCGUCUAUUGACUACUCUGAUCCUGCGGUUAAUUUGGGCAUUUUCCAGUCCGUGCCCAACACUGAACGUGUUGGCGAUCAAGAAACACCUUGGAAUAUCACACUUCCUGGCGAAACGCAAGACAAUGACAGCUCUGGUCACACUGCGCAUCAUAAUCAGACCAGACUCCAGCGCUCCGCCGGACUGAAUCCUCCCUAUUCUACCGAAUCAAUAACAUCUCGCCCUGACCAGUCCCGCCAGGGACCAGUCCAACAACAUUACCAUCUGACACCGAUGAAACCAUCGCCAACAGUUAACAAAACUAGUGCUGCAACCGCACACGACAACGAAACCGAAUCCCGCAGGUUCAGCUUCGAACCAGAAUCAGACGUUGCCAGACCAUCAAGGGAAAACGUCAACGCCGUCGUACCUUUCUCUACCCAUCCCCACCGUGACGAGAGUGCCGUCAUCAACAGGACGACAGAGCCAGUUGAGCUCCCUCUUCGCCAAGAUGACUCCAGCGAAGAAAUCGUCAUGUCCAGUACUGCUUAUCCAGGACAGGAAUGGCAGCCUGCUGGAUAUGGCCGUUGGGAGCAUCAUUAAUCCUACCUAGUGAUUUUUUUAGUAGCUGACCAAAAAAAAAAAUUGUGAUGUGUGAGAUGUGUGAUGUGAGAUGUGUUUAAUGAUAAGCCAUGUGGCCCAAGAAUCUGACGUUUAUUGUCUUUACGCGCGCAUACAUUAUACCCCCCCAUCUCAUUUGAUUCUAAGAUAAUAAUGAUAAUUUUUUUUAUUUGGUUUUG